AUGGAAAACCUCGAUGGAAGUCAUUCAGAUAUAUGUCAACUAGGAGUGGAAAUCGGGGUGGGGGGGAGAAGAGACAAGAGAAGGAAGGAGAGAGGGAAAAGAACAAUAGGAAACCACCAACCAUUCCAAUACCUGUCUGGCAACUGUAUGUCUUGUGAGGUAUAUACGCAUAUGCACGACGUGAACUCGAAGAUGUCGAUACAUAGGGGAAAUCGCUCCCAUCCACAUGCACAAGGUGCAACUAGUAUCAUCAGGGACAAAUUAGGUUUCAAAGAUGAAGCGAUGUGGAAACGCUUCUCAUCACGUAGACUACAACUCGUGGAAUCGCUAUCGAUGAGUUCCAAGAAGGCAAGUGAGCAAGAUGAAGAAAUCAAGAUUUGUGCCAAAACCUUAAUGAAAGAAUUCGGUUUUCCAGAUGACACAUUACCUGAAUUUGAUAAGUUGGUCAGAUUAGCCAUUCAAAGUGUUAGACGAAAUAAAAGAAGGAGUGAGAAGAGAUUAGCCAGUAAAUUAGAAACGCUAACUAGCGAUGAUGAAGUGAAUAACAAAAGGAUCAAAUUGGAUGAUGAAAAUGAUCUAAGUUCGAACCCUUCAUCAAAUCGGUUGAACGAUGAAAUACGAAAUAACAACCAUAACAAUGUAGUGGAUUUUUCAUCAUAUACCAAUAUAGACAAUGAGAAAAAUGUUCAACAUAGCGAUAACCUUACUAAUAGUAAAGAAAAUGAUGAUAACAAUAGCAACAGUACAAGAUUACAUGACAAAUUGUACGAUACUAUAGUUGCCAUCAACCAAUUAGUAUCGCCAAUUAUUGAGCAAGACCAAUUACCAUCUCUGAAGAGAUUAAAUGAAAAUCCCCAAUUCACCAAGUCUUCAAAAAUCAUUCUACAUUUUAUCAAACAAUCCAAGACGUGUUUUGAGUUCUCGAGGGUUUCAAACUCAGAAUACUCGAACAAUGGAAAGUUCACAUUACUGGAAGAAUUUGGUUCGAAUUGUAUAUCAACAGCAGUACUGUUUACAUUGGAGAAAUGGUUUGAUCAUUUAUCUCCAGAUUCUUCUUCUUAUAUCAAACUAAGGUUGAAGUCGGAUUUAACCUUGGGACUAAUAAUCAAAAAUUUGGAUAACUCGUCAACUGAAGUGAACAGAUUAUCCAACUAUGUUGCAUCUCAGCUAUUCAAAAAAUUCAUUGGCGCCUGUGUUAAAGAUUUUGGUUUUGAUUCGAUUUUAAAUCCAUUAUGUGAUAUAUUUCAUGGCAUAAUCUUGAGAGACUAUCCAAUAAUAACUAAAAAAUCAGCAUCGCCGAACUUGAUUUCCUCACAACCUCUCAAAGAUAAUGGCAGGAAAAAUAGCAAUAAUAAUAAUAAUAAUAAUAAUAAUGAUAAUCCGUUUUUCAGUUCAAAGGAAAUUUCCGUCAUUGACGCAGCACUCGCGAAACCUUUCGUAUCUGCAUCAUCAUCAUCCCAUUCACAUUCACACACACAUCUUAAUUUAGAGUCUCCUUCAUCUCCUAUACUACACCAUCAUCCAAUAACUUCAACGCGAGGACAGUCUAUGAUGCCGGAUUUCCCCUUAUCCACUUCUCAAAUACCAAUACCACCGGCUAUAUCGGAUCAUCACAUUAGCUAUAAUCAUCAUCAGCAAUUAUUACCAAAUCCGCCGGUUUUGCGAUCUAAACAAUACACCCAAGUCAAUAUCAAGUUCAAAGAUCAGGAACUGAAUUUUAGAUAUUCAAUAGAUAGCAAUGCUGCACCCACAAUCAUGGAAUUGAUUACGAAUUGCAAGCAAGCAUUUGGCAUACUAAAUUCAACCAGGAUUUUGAAUUUGAAGGAUCUAAGAUCGGGUAAAAUCAUUAAAAAUGAUCAUGAUCUCGAGAGACUACUACGAAUGACUGUGAUGUUGAGCGACGAUGGGUGUGGAGAAGUUCGAUUAGAGUUAGGUUACAAUAACUUAAGCCAAGGGUUUUUGAAUCUAAACCACGAACCUGCUGACAAAACUUGGCAACAUGAUAACAACAUAAGUGGCAAUAAUAAUAGCAAUAAUAACAGCAGUAAUAAAAGUAAUAACGUCAAUAGCAAUAUUAGCCAUGACACCAACAUCGAAAACGGUGCUACAAAUGUCUCAGGAGAUACAAUGAUUGGGCGAUAUCUACCUCCUCCGAGACCAAUUCUGCCAGAUACACAACCUCGUCCGCGUGGUGGGUUUAUGAAGUUCCAACCACUUUUAUAA